AGUGAUGAUGAAUAAUAGUGUAUGAAGCGCUGUCUAGUAUUCGAAGAUGCGUCUGCUUAGCGUCUGCUUAACCUUUCCGUUCUUGACGUCUGACCUAACGAAGAAGUAAGCAGUUAUCUCUACCUCGAUUUCAUUUCUACGAAAUAGCCUGUAAUGAAUCGCAGCGAUUGGUUACCCACUCGAAACUGCAAUGAUAAAUGUAACAGGUCGUACAAUUGCAGCGUUAUUAGGUGUUCUCUUUACUUAUGAAUUUACAUCCACCCAAGCAUAUUCCAAUCUUGAGGAUGGCAACGAAGUGUUUGGUGUUCGGCACACAAUGUGUUGCCAAGAGUGACCACAGCCAGCCCAAAACUGGUGAACUGGCCUAUCGCAAAGGAGACAUCCUCACUAUUAUGAGAACAGGAAUGGGGAAAGAACAUUACAAGGCCAGACACAACACCACAGGAGAGGAAGGACUCAUCUCUGCCACCAACAUGCGAGAGCGAGAGGCCAUUCGUGUCGACCCCAGUCUCAGUCUCAUGCCCUGGUUCCAUGGGAAGAUCUCAGGUCCCGAGGCGGUGUCCAAGCUGCGGCCUGUAGAGGAUGGCCUGUUCCUGGUGCGAGAGUCCAUCCGCCACCCUGGUGAUUAUGUGCUCUGUGUCGGCUACUCCAGCCAGGUCAUCCACUACCGAGUCAUGUACCAGCACAGCAAACUGACCAUCGACAACACCCAGUACUUCUACAACCUCAUAGACAUGAUAGAGUUCCAUUCCAAGCACAAGGGAGCUAUCGCCACCAAACUUCUGAAGCCCAAAGAUAAGGAGGGCACCAAGUCAGCUGAGUUGGAACUGUCUAAAACGGGAUGGCUGCUGGACAUCAGGAAGCUGACCUUGGGAGAGAGUAUCGGAGAGGGGGAGUUUGGAGCGGUGUUUGAAGGAGACUACAUUGGCCAGAAGGUGGCAGUAAAGAACAUCAAAUGUGAUGUAACGGCACAGGCAUUCUUAGAAGAGACCACUGUUAUGACGAAACUGCAGCAUAAGAACCUGGUACGGUUGUUGGGGGUGAUCGUAGACAAUGGACUGCACAUCGUCACAGAGCUCAUGGCCAAGGGUAAUCUGGUGAACUUCCUCCGGACGAGGGGCCGUUUUGUCAUUAGCACUGGCCAGCUUCUACGUUUUGCACUAGAUGUGUGCGAGGGCAUGGAGUACCUGGAGUCUAAGAGGUUGGUUCACAGAGACCUAGCUGCCCGUAACAUCCUGGUCUCCAAUGAAGGCGUGGCCAAAGUCAGUGACUUUGGGUUGACCAAGGUGGACUGCAAGGCCUCAGACAAUGCUAAACUACCGGUCAAAUGGACAGCCCCUGAGGCCCUGAAGAAAGAGAAAUUCUCCAUGCGGUCAGACGUAUGGAGUUAUGGUGUUCUCCUCUGGGAGACGUUCUCCUAUGGUCGACAGCCCUACCCCAAGAUGUCUGUGAAGGAGGUGAAGGAGCGGGUGGAGCAGGGUUACCGUAUGGAUGCUCCAGAGGAGUGCCCCCCCAGUGUCUACGCCCUGAUGAGGGGCUGCUGGGAGGCCGAGCCCAAGAAAAGGCCCUCCUUUCAUAAACUACAGGAGAAGAUAGAGAGAGAGCUGACCAAACACAGCCCUGGGCCUGCCUGCUGAGGUCACCUCAAUAAUCCUAUUCAAAUAACUAUUGUUCUUUGUUCAGAGCUGCCUGGAGAUGGACAGUAACCCGGGACAGGUGGACCGAAGUGAGCCUGAACCCACAGAAGGCUGGUCAGGGUUGGAUCUAAUGGUAUUGACUCAUAAAGAGUCUGAACAUUGGCUGAUUUUGCGAAGGGGACAUGCAGCAUACAUCUUUCUUAGAUCAUCAAUGAGCCUUUAUGUACACUCACUAUGACUCCAUACUAGAGGUCGACCGAUUAUGAUUUUUCAACGCCAAUACCGAUUAUUGGAGGACCAAAAAAGCCGAUGCCGAUUAAUCGGACGAUUUGUAUUUAUUAUUUGUAAUAAUGACAAUUACAACAAUACUGAAUGAACACUUAUUUUAACUUAAUAUAAUACAUCAAUACAAUCAAUUUAGCCUCAAGUAAAUAAUGAAACGUUCAAUUUGGUUUAAAUAAUACAAAAACAAAGUGUUGGAGAAAAAAGUAAAAGUGCAAUAUGUGCCAUGUAAGAAAGCAAACGUUCAGUUCCUUGCUCAGAACAUGAGAACAUAUGCAAGCUGGUGGUUCCUUUUAACAUGAGUCUUCAAUAUUCCCAGGUAAGAAGUUUUAGGUUGUAGUUAUUAUAGGAAUUAUAGGACUAUUUCCCUCUAUACCAUUUGUAUUUCAUUAACCUUUGACUAUUGGAUGUUCUUAUAGGCACUUUAGUAUUGCCAGUGUAACAGUAUAGCUUCUGUCCCUCUCAUCGCUCCUCCCUGGGCUCGAACCAGCAACACAACAACAACAGCCACCAUCGAAGCAGCGUUACCCAUGCAGAGCAAGGGAAACAACCACAGGCUCAGAGCGAGUGCCGUUUGAAAUGCUAUUAGUGCACGCUAACUAGCUAGCCAUUUCACUUCGGUUACACCAGCCUCAUCUCGGGAGUUGAUAGGCUUGAAGUCAUAAUGUUUGAAUGAAUGUUUACACGCCUGCUUCUGCCUACCAAUGCUCAGUCAGAUACUUAGAUACUUGCAUGCUCAGUCAGAUUAUAUGCAACGCAGGACAUGCUAGAUAAUAUCUAGUAAUAUCAUCAACCAUGUGUAGUUAACUAGUGAUUAUGAUUGAUUGUUUUUUAUAAGAUAAGUUUAAUGCCAGCUAGCAACUUACCUUGGCUUACUGCAUUCGCGUAACAGGCAGUCUCCUUGUGGAGUGCAACGAGAGAGAGGCAGGUCGUUAUUGGGUUGGACUAGUAACUGUAAGAUUGCAAGAUUGAAUCCCAGAGCUGACAAGGUGAAAAUCUGUCAUUCUGCCCCUGAACGAGGCAGUUAACCCACCGUAACUAGGCAGGCAUUGAAAAUAAGAAUGUGUUCUUAACUGACUUGCCUAGUUAAAUAAAGGUAUACAAAUGUAAAAAUAUAUUUUUUUUUAAAUCGGCGCCCAAAAAUACAGAUUUCCGAUUGUUAUGAAAACUUGAAAUCGGCCCUAAUUAAUCGUCCAUUCCGAUUAAAUCGGCCGACCUCUACUCCAUACUAUAAACAGCAGUGAAAUGUGGACAUGGGUUUCUCUAUGGCAGAAACACUGUCUAAAGAAAUCAUCUUUGCAACAAAUAAACUCCAGCUAUCAGAACUAACUGUACAAAAACAAAACUAUGUAGUGCCUUCAGAAAGUGUUCAUACCUUGACUAUAUUUUGUUAACCCUGAAUUAAAAAUGUAUUAAAUAAAUUAAAUAUCUCCCAUCUACACACUACCCCAUAAUGACAAAGUGAAAACAUGUUUUUAGACAUUUUUGCAAAUGUAUUGAAAAUUAAGUACAGAAAUACAGUGAGCUCCAAAGGUAUUGGGACAAUGACACAUGUUCUGUUAUUUAGGCUCUGUACUCCAGCAUUUUGGAUUUGAAAGGAUAAAUGACUAUGAGGUUAAAGUGCAGACUGUCAGCUUUAAUUUGAGGUUAUUUUCAUCCAUAUCGGGUGAACUGUUUAGAAAUUACAGCACUUUUUGUACAUAGUCCACCAUUUUAGUGGUCCAAAGGUUUUGGGACAAAUUCACCAUGAUUACAGAUAAUCCUGAAUAAAUUGUGAAUAAUGAUGAGUGAGAAAGUUACACAGAGGCAUAAGUAUAAUCCAUAAUCAUGGUAGCAUCCAUAUUAAUGUAGAAGUGUUUAGAAACAUUAUAUUCUUAUUUACAAUAAAAGUGACUGAAAUGGCACAAUA